GACAUAUCCGGCAUGCCUCAUACAGGUCAAGCCGGGGUCAAUCAGCUAGGGGGCGUUUUCGUAAACGGUCGUCCCCUCCCCGACGUGGUUCGCAAGAGGAUUGUCGAGCUGGCCAUCAUGGGCGUCAGGCCUUGCGACAUCAGCAGACAGUUGCUCGUGUCCCACGGAUGCGUCUCCAAGAUCCUGACGAGGUUUUACGAGACCGGCUCGAUUCGGCCCGGUUCAAUCGGCGGAAGCAAGACUAAGCAAGUGGCAACACCGACUGUAGUCAAGAAGAUACUCCGAUUAAAACAGGAGAAUCCAGGAAUGUUUGCGUGGGAGAUCAGAGAACGACUCCUCAGCGCUAGAGUGUGCGAACCACAUUCUAUACCGUCAGUAUCUUCAGUGAACCGAAUCCUUCGGAACAGCGGGCUGGCUUGGAACGACGAUGAAGGCAGAGGACACGAAUCCUAUGCACCGCCGGAACAGCCGCCAAAUGUGCUAGACUACAUGACCCCAACGCUUCUACCGCAACAGAAUCCCCCCUACCUGAUCCACCCCGCAGUACGUGUGCCCCUACAGUCAACAGAACCCAGGAUUUACGACAGACGACUCGCCACAUCCUGGUUCCUGGCUAACCAAGUCCAGACCCAGGGAUUGCUGAAGCCUUACCCGAUAUCGCCCUGGCAGCGUCUGGUUUCACCGUACGACAGCAAAGAAUUCCCACCAUACGCUUUGGCACUUCACAAUGACCUGCUCAAAAUGAAUUCGGAUGCUAAAUCAGAAGACUCCGAGCAUAUAUCGAUUGACGCCAGCGAUGAUAGCACAGAUAAGCCCGAACAAGAAGAGAUCGAACCGAAAAUGGUUGACGAAAGGGAGAAAAAGAAGAAUCCCUAUUCAAUAGAAGAACUAUUGAAGAAGCCGAGCAAGAUGAACGUGAAACCUUGUUUUCGUUUCCUGCCUCACUCGAGCAGCAGCGUUGCUGAUAUGCAGGAAAAGGACAGCAAUAGAAGUUCGCCAGCAAGCUUUUGCUCAAUGCAAAGCGGCGUAUCCAAUGAUUUCACGGAACCAAUCAGUUCGGAAAUAAAAGCGGGAAAUUGA